CUUUAGAGAAGAAUGGCUCCUGGAAAUGGGUCUUUCGUGACUCAGUUCAUUUUGAUGGGAUUAACAGACCAACCAGAUCUCCAGCUCCCCUUGUUCUUCCUGUUCCUAGGAAUGUACACAGUCACUGUGAUGGGGAACCUGGGCUUGAUAAUCUUAAUUUGGCUAAAUUCACAUCUACACACCCCCAUGUAUUUUUUCCUCUUUAACUUGUCCUUCAUAGAUCUCUGUUAUUCUUCUGUGUUUACACCCAAAAUGCUGAUUAACUUCAUAUCAAAGAAGAAUAUUAUUUCUUACAUCGGGUGCAUGACUCAGCUGUACUUUUUCUGUUUUUUUGUCAUUUCUGAAAUCCAUGUGCUGACAUCAAUGGCCUAUGACCGCUAUGUGGCCAUCUGCAACCCACUUUUGUAUAAUGCUGCCAUGUCCCCUAAAGUGUGUUCCAGCCUUAUGCUUGCUUCCUACUCGAUGGCCUUUUCUGGUGCCAUGGCUCACACUGGAUGCAUGCUGAGACUGACCUUCUGUGAUGCAAACACCAUCAACCAUUAUUUCUGUGAUAUUCACACACUGCUUCAGCUCUCCUGUACAAGUACCUAUGUCAAUGAGUUGGUGGUUUUCACUGUGGUGGGCAUCAACAUCACUGUGCCCAGUCUCACCAUCUUUAUCUCUUAUGGUCUCAUUUUCUCCAGCAUCUUCCACAUCAGCUCCACAGAGGGCAGGUCCAAAGCCAUCAGCACCUGCAGUUCGCACAUCAUUGCUGUUUCUCUCUUCUUUGGAUCAUGUGCAUUUAUGUAUCUUAAACCAUCGUCUGCUGGGUCUCUGGAUGAGCAAAAAGUCUCUUCUCUCUUUUGUACCAAUGUGGUUGCUAUGAUGAACCCCUUAAUAUACAGUUUGAGAAACAAAGAUGUAAAAACUGCUCUGAGAAAAACUGUAGGUGGAAUACAGUUUUGA